GAGGAGGGAGGGAUCUUCGUCAGGAGGCGACGGCGGCACCGCUGUGACAUCACCCCGCGGCUUAUAUAGUUGGGGAAGGGUCUGUGUCCCCCGUCUGGUGCCUGCAGCCGCCCGACAGCACGCGUGCGGAGGGCGUGGAGCGGCGAGGCUCUCUCUAUCUCUCUCUCUCUCUCUCUCUCUCUCCCCGUCUCUCCUCAGGAUUUAUGGACUUUACUUUCUAGAGGACGGCGCGGCAAGGAUGAGAAUCCAGCUAGUGUGCGUGGUGCUGCUGGCCCUGGCCUCCUGCAGCCUCUGCUCAGAUUCAGAAGAGGAAAUGAAAGCAUUAGAAGCAGAUUUAUUGACCAAUAUGUACACAUCAAAGAUUAACAGAGCAAAACUUCCUUACUGGAAAAUGACCCUGCUAAAUGUCUGCAAUCUUGUCAACAACCUAAACAACCAAGUGGGAGAGACAGUAGAGGUAGAUGAAGAGGAUCUCGUUUCAGGAAGACAGCUUCCCUCUCCUCUGGAUGGCUUCAGCUUGGAAGCAAUGCUGACAGUAUAUCAACUCCAAAAAUUUUGCCACAGCCGAGCCUUUCAGCAUUGGGAGUUACUUCAGCAAGAUGCUUUUGAUCUAGAGAACUCAAGCCAAGAAAAAGAAAUAAUGAAGAGAAAAAAUCCCUAUAUUCUGAAACGGCAGCUACAUGUGAACAAAGCUAGAAGACCAUACAUACUCAAGAGAAGUUCAUAUUACUGAUGCAGCAGAAGAAAACAAUGUAUAUUUAGUUUAUAGGUAACUGUGUAUUAUGGUUAUCUUAUCUAAAUCUAAAAUCAUACUUGUGUGAAAAUAUACUCUGGAAAAUCAAGAUGAUAACAUAGCUGUGUCUUUUUUGCAAUUGCUGUUUCUCGAUUGUGAAUUUUUCCUACUUGAGAUUAAUUGGACUAAUACAUUUGCAAAUAAAACUAGUUUUUAAGCAUGA